GCGGCACGGACGUAUUCGGAAUUUUCGAACCGCGGAAAAUCGCAAGAAUUUGAGAGAGUGACCGAAAAAAAUUCAGCGGCGGGGCGGACGACCGUGUGUGCAUAGGAAAAGUGCAAGUAAUAAUUUGUUAUUGUUUUUCCUUUCAACAAAACACUGGCGAACACCCCGAAAUAGACCGACAACCUUACGCAUAAACCCAUAAAACAAAAGAAGCGCAGCCAGGAAGAAAAUUCGACUGGAAAAAAGAAAAAUUGGCGUAUCGGGCAGUGUAAACAAACAACACCCGAUUGAGCGAUAUCGAGAUGGACUGGGACAAACCACCGCCGCCUCCUCAACCACCUCCGAAGCCCCGACGAACUCGACCCCGACAGAAUGUCCUGCAUUACGAGUCCUUGCCAACCGCUCCGCCGGCAAUGUGCGGUCGCACGGAGGAGAAUAUCUUCCAGUUUCCGACCGUGGCCUCACGUGCUCGCAAUCUCUCCGCAUCUCCGAAAUUCGAAAGAGGGGAGGCCAAGGAUUUGCCAGUUUGUAAACUGGGAAAGCACUCCUGCUCCAAGUGCCAGCCAUAUCGGGCGGAUCGGGGAACCAUUGAACCGCUGAAAACUCGUCUUAAUUCCGCGAUCGAAGUCAUGGACGAAUUGACUCGAACAUACGUCUUGCUGGAGGGAUUUCUGGAGCAUCGACUGGCGACCAUCGCCGACAAUGAGGCGGGUGAACGAAAAGCGGAACUGGAGGCUUUAGACGAUGAUGUUCCUUCCACUAGUCAAGCCGUUAGGCAGCAUGCACCUACUAAACCACCGCGCUCCAACACCAAUGACCACCAGUUUGAGCUAGAGCACUCUCUGACCUGGCUAGAAUCUUUAAUGGGCACUGAAGUGGUUCCUCCCUUCAAACGGGGAAAGUUUAACCGGAUUCGUGAGCGGAGCAAAUCAAUGAUGGACGAGGACCUCAACAUGUUCAUGAAAAGCGAUCGUCCUGGCUUAAAGCUUAGCUCUUCGCGACCAUAUCUUCUAAGACGGCAGAGCACCUACAGCGAUAACAAGGCUAAGGUAUCCAAGUGGACCAAGGUGAAGGCCGCUUUCAAGUGGGAGCGAGCCAACGUGCCACCCUCGGGACCAGGUGCACCCGAAACUCACAUCCUCAUGCCAAUCAACCACGAGGUGGAGAGAUACCUUAAGGUCCCUAUUAGUGUGGCAGCUGGUAGCAGUUCCGCGGACAGCAUCAUCAGUUCCUCCUCCGGCCAUAUUAUGAGUGAUACGGGUGGUACACCUGGUACUAUUAGCUCGGCAAGCUCCAUGGAUGAUCUGGAGGCGGUCAGCCGACAGAAUUAUCGUCGCGAUUCCUCUAAAAGUGAUAACCGAUGCGAUUCCCGCGUCUCCAACUUUGAGGUGGAGCUGCGAAAAUCAGCCACCGACGAGCGGUUGGACAAUAUUAAAUCCUCGGCCCCGCCAUUACCAGCAAAGUCAUCAUCCAGCAAAUCUCUGCGAAGAUCCAAGGCGUUCUCUGACUUUGAGGUCCUUCCAGAGGAUCAUGUUGCGGAGAUAAAAGCCACUAGCAGCCGGCGACAGAAGUUGCCUCCGAGUCCAUUGAAUCUCAACCAGGUGAAUCAAAUAUACAGCGAUUUGCCGCAACUGCACUCGCCGUUAAAGAGUCCCAAGGAUUCACGGAUGCGUCGUGUACACUCACCGGGGGCCUCCUCUGUGCCCAGCAGUCCUUCGAGGCAAUCCGAUUUUUUCGGUGAAUUUGAGAGCGAGGAUAUGUCCAGUGGCGACUUUUCAGAACCCACUACGCCAAACUGUAAGAAUUUCCCACAGACCGAAGACGACGAGGUAUUUCAACAUUAUCAACUUCUCGUACUCAAAUUAGAUUCGGAGCUUAAGCACAAGCAACGCGAGUUAGAGCGUUCCAGCACCAGCAAUCGCAGUAUCAAACUGGGCAGUGGGGCAGCUAUAGGAGGAACUGGUAGUGGGAAGCGUAGUAGCGAAGAACACUCGCCCACUCAGCUGUUACACAACGAGCUCGUGUCCACCGCCGAGCUAGAGCAAAACCUAACCCCGCAGUUCAAAAAGAAACUAAACAAGUGGCGUGCAAAACAACAGAAUUGCGCUGUAGGAUCGUAUGCCUCUAUAGAACCGGCGGCCAGUCCCACCGCUAAGAGCCAAAGUGGCGAGGUAAAGCCCAAGAUCGAUUGGAACCUCUGGAGUACGGGUCAGGUGAAGUUAGAGGGCCAAGGACUAUGUGCUCUGCCCGAUCAGAAAGAUCUGCCAGAGAAAUUCCAAAAAAAGUUGGAGCAAUGGAACCGGAUAAAGUGCACUCCUGGCGGCGGGACCACCUCGGACAACGACUCCUUGAAACGAGGCUCCAAGCACAGUCAGUCCACGAGAAGAGGAUCAGACGAUGAUCGAUGGUACAAGCACAGGCCGCACGAUAAAGAGAAGUUGUCUCGCCUUAAAGCCAUUGUAGUACCAGAUCACACCAAGAAGAUCGAGGUCAAAACUUCGGAUGGCGAAGUAAUGAAAUUCGAGGGCAUCUCAAGGAAGUUCACCAGAAAGCUGUACGAGUGGGAGAAAUCCAGAGGCAUAGGACCCGAGGCCUCGACCUUUGCUCUGCUGCAUCCGGGCUAUUGUCCCAUAGAUGUAAGACGGAUCAACAAGGAGUGCAAUAAAGUGGCAGCGGACCAUUCGCCCACACUUAGUCGCUCCCUUUCCCUGGACAGUGUGUCACCCAACUGCAACCUGGCACAGACCAUCUCUCAGCAGGCUUCAUCCCUCUCCCUAAACGAUGUCAACGAUCUAAAGGAGAUCGAGGACAGUACCGAUGCUCUCACAGAUCAUGAGUUCAAGAAGUACGACGAACCGGAGGCUGUAAUGGUUGAAGUGGAAGAACACAUCCAUGACACUGCUUCGCCGCUGGUCACCGCCCAUACGUUGGUGGAGCAGCAGACGCCCAUAUACAAGUACGAGGAGGUGCAGUGCAACGACUAUGUCAACUCACGUCGCGUUCAGAGCUUCGAGUCGCACACGAACCUGGCCCCUUUGCUGGGAGCACUGAAACGUGCCGAUGAGUUGUUUAACCAACUGAAAAAUGCAUCACCCGAUUUGCUGGAACACCCGUCGAUGCGGGACUGUCAGGCCGCAUUGCUGAGCAUUCGUAGCAUAUAUCCGUACUACUCCAACAACCUAAUGAAGGCGGGCGUGCUUAACGCCAUCUCUGAUGUCCAGAGCGAACUGGGACGACUUACUGAGCUGAGCCAAAAAUCACCUUUAGAUGAGGCCUGCUGCCAGGAAACCAUGCAGGAGCGUACACUGGAGUAUCUGGAGGAGCUCCAAGGACUGCAUGAAUCACUGCAGUGUCUUAAGCUAAGCAUUCAGGGUGGAACAAAUCGAUACCCCCGGGACAUUGUCCCGGAUAUUAACAUCACCAGCGAGGAUGGUCAGCAGUUGGACUCAAGUUCUGCCUAUGCCACCUGCGACAAUUCCAGUCGAGAUCGUUUGGCUCAAGAUGACAAUAGUGCCAGCGCGGCGUCACCAAUGGAGCAUGAGACGGAGACCAGCACCACAACGGGCACUUUGUGUCGAUCCAGUUUGCCCACCGUGAAUGCCAAUCCAAGUGCCAAUGGCGUUACCAAUGGAAUUACGAGUGUAAAUGCCUGUGCCAAGAAGAAACUAUUGCGACUCCGCAAAAUGGGUUCACGGCAAAAUAGCAAGACGGAGAGCGACAGCAGUGAUGCGGAUACUCAUUCUGUUUUGGAGACCCCUCGAAGAUUGCGACGAAAGAAUUUCCGACUGAAGCAACGCUCCUUGGAUGACGACUUUCGGCUGAGCUCGACGACAAAUGAACCAGAUUUGGCUACGGCCAGAGAAGAAAUUGUGUACGGUUCGCUGAAAGUUAAGCCAGGAGAACUCAUUGAGCAGAGUCAAUGUGUGGCACCUGCCCCACUCAUCCUCAUUGCCCCUGAUCCAUCAGUAUCUUCCCGUGAAACCACUCCUCUUACUUCAACCACUCCUUCCUCAACUGUUACUCCGCCCGCUAAACUGGGUGGUUUUAUUCCUCCUCCUUUGCCGGAACAUAAUCGACCAUACAAUACAAAUGCUAAUGUAUUUGUGAAGACCAAACGAAAACUCUUCACCACCAUCCCAGAACCAAGUGCCUCUGACGGCUUAGUUGUGAUCGAAAAGGUGCUGGAUAGUCCCGCUGAAGAGAGAUCGAAUAAAUUGGAUAAAUUAGGGAAAUCAAGAUUCCCUCCUAAGCUCCUCAAUAUUUAUAAAUCCAUUAGUUUGGAACGCCUAACCCAUCCACCCAACAAAGAAGAGCUACGAAAAGUCCAGAGUAGCGAGAACUUCCGGCGCGGAUCCCUCUUUGUGCGUCCACCACUUGCCAGUGAUAGCAUCGAGAGAUUGUCUAAGAAACAUCAUGAGUCAAGUAAUCCACCAGUUCCGCCUCGAAAGGCCCACCUCUACAAGAAAAACUCGUUGCACAAAUCACACAGUGCCAAUGCUAGCAACAAGAUUGAGCACAAGAUUGCCAAGACCAGCUCUGGACCUAGUUUUUCUAGGGUGCAUCCUCCACCGCUUCCGCCUGUUCCUUUAAGCUUACCCAACAAACAGGAUAACACUCUGCCACGAAUCCAACGGAAACAUCCAAAUACUCCCACCAAGGCCAAGCAGUUUGAAUUCCCGCCACCGCAGAUUCUAACGCCAGGGCGUCCGGCUACUCCUCUUUCGGAAAGGGCUAUACGUCUUCAAUUGGCCAAGGCACAGUUCCUUCAGAGUGCUCCUGUUACUCCCCGCCAAGAACCCCAAACGCCCACUAAACCAACUGAAUCUGUGGUGCUCCAGAAGAGCAUCAGUGCCGGCAGCAUGAGGGGUGGAGGAUCAGCUGUCCAGGAGGCAAUGCAGCAGCAGCAGCAGCAUUAUCAUGAAGUAUCAACGGAUCAGGAAAGUGUAGGUAAUUCCAGUACGUACGAUAGUUUGCCCAGAACCGUCAGCCGAAGUGCGAAGAUUUCCAGUAAGCUGGGAUUUGCCACGCUCACCUCAAAGUUACGUAGAAGCAACAAGAAGCCCAAGGAUCCACCUCCAAGUCCUGGAAGUGCUUUAUCCGCCCUUUGUCGUCAAACCCUAAUGGCCGAUGUUAUAGCCAUACCACAGGCAUAUGGGGCGGAGAAGCCACCACCAAGUCCCACGGGACGGAAUGUUUCCAAGUCCCAGAGCACGCCACAGGCUGCUGGUCCUUCAACGAUCAAUUUCGACAGAAUAAACAAGUCCCUAAGCGAACAGUAUGUUCGUCAGCUCAAGGAGAGCGACGUCUAGUCAGAGUCCCCAGUCUCAAGUCCAGAAUCUAGUCAUAGGAGUAAUCUGUAAUGUCGAUGUCCGAGAUAUAUGAGUGCAUUUUGGGGUAACCCCACUAGUUAGGUAGCACGGUUACCAAUAUAAUUUC